GGGAAGAGGAGAAACAGGGGGAAUUCAACAGAGAGGAUUGCCGAAGCAGUAAGUGAGUCAUGGAAUAACAUGGAUAAUCUGUUCAUUAGUGACGCUAUAUCAUUUGUGAGGACGCCUGAAUGUCAGAAAGUUUGAUCCGCCCUUUCACACAUGGUUGCAUGGUGUGUCUGUCGUGCAUGAACCCAAAAUAAGAUGGUCUGAUAAUUAAAACGGUGAGUGUUAAUGAUGUCCUUUGUUUAGAUGGAGAUGUUGUUACGUCAAGCUUCGUAUCAACAAGUGUUUGUUUUUUCCUUCAACCCGCCCACCCCUCUCUGUGUCACUUUCCAUCUCCCUCCCUGUAUUGGAUGUUCAGCCCUUGCGCUCAGUAACUCUUUUGUUCGCCAAAGCAUCCCUCACAUUGCUACAUGCCUGACUGGAGACAGUACCCACUAGCACCUAGUUUGUAUCAAGACAGAGAGUGUUUACUUCCUAAAAACUAAGGACAGAGGAGAGUUGGAGGCAAAUGAAAAAGGAUGGUUUGUCAGUAACUGAUCUGAAACAAAGAUGACCUCAAGCAUUCUUGUAGCAACUAAUUCCUUGCAGUGCAUUUCUGGCAUGCCUCAUGGUAAGAAGUCCAGUUGAGCCAGGGGAUUCUCAUUAAUACCUCCACUGUAAAGGGCUUUUAUUGUGGGCUGAAACUCGAGAGCUGUGAGCGGUUACCUGAGCUCCAGAGGGAUGACUCUCCGCAGGCCAGCUGCCCACCUACGAAGAGCUCCAGGGCUGGAGGAGAUCAGGAGAUGAGUCCUACUGGGAGAGUUUAAUACCAGAGGGGGACUUUUUGCCCCGUGUUUCUCGCCCCCCACGUGCACCUCGGCCCCAGAGUGCCAUCGAAGGUGGCCAGCUAGACAGCUGGCUGGAGCACCUGCAGAGGAUGCAGAACGACCUUCUCAGGGACCCAGCUGGUGAUCAUGUUCCGGUUUUAAAUGACCGCACGACGUCCAUGCCAGCCCUCAACAAAGAGCAAACAGGACGUGCCUGGAGACAUCAGGGGGUCCCCUCCUUCAGCAGGGGUUCGUCUUCAUGUGGGAGCACCAGCCUGUAUGAGAGUUCGCUGGGCAGCCAGGAUUCCCUCCAGACUGGGUUUUUUUCUCCUUCAGAGCGCAGAGGAAGCUGGGAGAGAGCUCAUAUCAUGCAGGCCCCAAGGAAGGAGCAGGCUCAACUCAGUUAUCUCUCUCCAGUCAAAAUUGGGUGGCUGCCAAUCCAAAGAAGAGUGAUGAUGGUGGCAGACGCCUGCAACCAAAAUCAGUUUUUGGACCACUCUGCUGGCCAGGUGAAACUGAAACAACCCAUCACUCCAACAUUUCACACUAAUCAAGCGACACCAAAGGCUGAGGAUGGAGAGGUGAAGGGAAGUCACACCAGUUCGAGGGCAUUAGGUGUGAAGAAGUGUUGGACAGCUGAUCAAGGCCCUCCCAUAAUUAAACAGGUGCCAGAAAAGCAAAGCUUUCCUGCUAGCGAAGAGGACAGACCUGUAGACUGGCAAGCUCUAAGGAGAGGCUGGAAUACUGUCAGGGUGUCAGCUUCCCCUGGAUGUAGUCAGUCCAUUGAGCUCCCCUCAGGGACCAACCCAGACCCCAACAGGAAAUCCCCUCUGGUGAAAACAACCAGCGUAGAGCCCCUGAAGCAUACUCCUCUCCAUCGAACAACUUCUGCUGAGCCCAGCAGACCACACGCUCUGCUGCAAGGGACAAGCAGCACAGAGACAUACAGGUCCCAUGCUCCUUUGCGUAGGACAAGCAGUGUCCAGCCCAUAAGGGCAACAGCACCACUGCUCAGAACAAACAGUAGCUCACAGCCCUCGCACAUACAGACACAUUCUGCUGUGACCACACUCAUCCCUCAGAGCAAAGCUGGCUUCUCCUCCAUCACCAUCUCUUCCAGGAAAGUGAGCAGAUCAGCCAGUCUGCCUGGCUCUGACACCUGCAGUCACUCCUCCCAGUCCAGCAAGUCCCCUUCUCCGCCCCUAACCGAGCAACCAAUGGACCAAAACUCCAGGCAUGUCACUGUGCAGAGGAAGGCCACGAUAGUCAAAGUGACGGAGCAAAGGGUGAUGUCCAGCCCUGUCCCAAGCACAAAAAGGGCAGGUACACUACCAGAUAGCCAUGGUUUGGACACAGUGGUCCACAGAAGAAAGGCUACCAUCAUCAAAGUGACGGAGCACAGGGAGAGCUACGCUACAGCCAAGGCAGGGUCUGGGAUGAGGCACCCGGAGUACAGACACAGCUACACAGAGGGAGCGUACAAGGACAACAACGCAUGGAGACAGGGAAACAAUUCACAACACGUUGCAGUGCCUUCAUAUCACCGUUUAGAUUCAACAAAGAGGUCAAACCCUACUGUAGCACAGAACACAUCCACUUCAGAUCCAGAGAAAAAUGGUGGAACACUACACAGGUCGACACUGAGUCUUUUUGUGAGCAACACUCCUGCCAUAGCAGCUCCCUCAGAGGUUUCUCCGAAAGCUGUUGGAGGGAGAUCGGACAGGCUGCACAGGCCACUGAGCUGCUAUGGCAAUGUGUUUGGACACAGUGAGCCAAGCAAGGAGAAUGUGACACAACCGGCUGCCAGGAAAUGGAGCUUUGAGCUUCCACAAGAGACCAAUAUCAACCCUGUGAACUCGGACGAUAGUUUCAUCAGCCUUGGAACAGCAGUGAAAGAAACAGGUCAGCUAGUGGCAGAUGCCCUCACGCCAAACAGAGGCGAGGAAGAAAGACUGCCGCCGCCGGAGAGGAGAGCGUCCCCCUGUCUAACUCUCAUCAAGGCCCCGGGUAGGUUUCUAAGUCCCACUUUGACAGUCUUCUUGUCAGCACACAGGCUCCCUUUGUCUCUGAUCUCCAUUUUCAAAGGAUAGCUGUGUCUAAAUAUACACUUCCUUUGUGCCAUUUGUGUGUUCUAGCCUGAAGUUAUUACACACCAUUAAGAAUUCUGGGUCUGAACUC